UUUUUUUUGGAUUCGGUUGUUUGAAUUUCUGAGAAAAAGUCGGGAAACCGUCCUAAAAUGGGUUGGGCGAACAUUGGCGUGUUUCUGGCGCGGGGACUGGUUCCGUCGCUGACGGGCGGGCUCUUCCCCGACAUGCACAUUGGCAUGGCGAGCAUGCUGCUGCAAGUGUACCUGUGGCUGGCGCUGCUGGUGCUCCCGCUCGCGCUGUGCUCGGCGCUCGGCGACCCCAGCGACCCAGUGAACGCCGGGUUUUACGCCGCCAUUGCCGCCGCCUUCAUCGGCCUGAUCAAGUACGUCAACCAUACGCUUCACGAUGCGUUCGACGGCGAGGACGGCGCGCGGGCCAAGCGGAAGGCAGCGAGGCGACUGAGAAGGCAAGCCAAAGCUCAAGCCAAAGCCAGCGAGAACGCCGCCGAAGCGCCCGUUGCUGACCCUGAGCAACACCACGAUGAUGGUGACGAUGGUGAUGACGAUGACGACGAUGACGACGAUGACGACGAGAUCGAUGGCCUGGAACAGGACAAUGGCAAUGCAACUCGGAAGAAGCCAAUCUCAGACAUGGCGGGCACUUCUGAGCCGACUUCUGAGACGACAACCACUGCUACUACUGCUACGAUGGAUGGAACUCGACCAGCUGCAUCUGACGAUCGGGCAUCGCGAGCCAUUGUUGUGGUUGCGCAAAACAAGAGUAGUCACAGCGAAGGUGUAGAAGAUUCGCACAACAAUGCCCACAAUGCAAUAUCAUCAUCAUCAUCAUCAUCAUCAUCGUCGUCGUCGUCCGAGGAUGGCGACAAUGACAAUGAUGAAGAUGAAGACGAUGAAUCGGACAAUGACGAGGUGCACACAGCCACCAGACGAAACCGCCAGCGAGCAUUCUCGAGAUCCAGGCAACGAGCCGUGCGGCAGCGAUCGAAUGGAUCACCUGUCGUCGGACGCUCGACUUCUGCGCUAACAACAGCGGCAAGAGGGCCGACCGAUCGGCGGGCAGCUGCAAUGUCGUUUCCCUCUGCCACCUCCGCCGGCGAUCGGCAGAACGCCAGUCGUGUCGCCUAUCACUUUGGUGACAAUGAAGAUUUGGAGGAUGCUUUGAACCGCGUACUGGCGUCCGUUGCUUCUUCAACAGCAGCAGCAGCAACAACAACAUCAUCAAGAGCAGCAGCAGAAGCAGCGGGCGAGGAUGGCGAUAGCGGCAGCCAGUACACCAAUCCAGAUGGCGCUGACGAUCACAUCUUCCAAGAGUAUCUAGCACGGCGGGCAAGACAGGCUGACAACACUGGGGAGGACACGCCCACAAGCAGCGACGAGCACGACAACGCACAGCAGGACAUCACCGACAUUUCUAUUGCCGACGCCAGUGGUCACGCCGACGAUCAAGUACCCCUGCCGUUGGUGCAAGACUCGGACAUCCACGCCUUCGCGGAGGAGGACAUUGACCCAGCUGCCGAGUUUGCUGAUGCUCGCCGCGAUUUGGCACGCCUGCGAGGACUCGUGAACGCACACCAUCCGUCUGACCAUCACCAGUGGAAUGACGACACCGAGUCGCGCUUGCACAUUGCCACUGGUGCCGAUGACAGCACUGCUGGCGCCAUCCAUACGUUUAUCGACGAGAAUGGCGACAUUCAGAUGUACGUGUUCGCCGCCGAGGCUCACGCAACCGAGCCUCUCCCUGAAAUCCGUCUUGCGCGGAUAAGCUCGACUUCUUCGUCCGAGUCCGAGGCACACUCGAGAAAAAGCGACAAUGAGGAGAGUUUGGAUACCGACGACGAGUCGGAUCGGAGAUUUGAGCGAAUGCGCCAGCGCACUCGUCAAACAACCCACACUACGGAUGCUACCGCACGAGAUAGCCCACCAGACCCCGACCAGACAUUUUCUCUGCCCACCAACAUUAUCGAGCGCAGGCGGCGAAACGGGUUUGUCGCGACGGACGGCCCGUCUGUCUCUCGCCCAUCCGAACGUUCCAGCCACGCCCCUCGUGGCCUUGGCAGUCGCGGCGAUACGGCAGAGUCGCGAGAUGAGCCCAUCCGCCGGUGGAGGUACGAUCCAAACGAUGUCAACACGACCUAUGCUCUUCCUGUCCGCUCGGCGUCGACCGCCGCCAGAUCCCGAAGAGGGUCUCAGUUUCGUCCUCCGGAAGAGAAUGACGAUCACGAAAGUUACACAGAGCCUGAUGAUGCCAUCCGUCCGGAUGCGCUGGCGCAAGUUGCACCCAAACCAGAGGCACCGACGCGAUGGCACCUGCUCGGCUUUCAACUUCCUCUGGCCGUGUCGUUCAAGCGCCUCGACUUGCUGGCGACAAUUGACCGUGACCGGCACUGGAGUAUUGGGCUUUUGGCAGUUCUCGUGGCUGCCGCAGUCGCGUAUGUGGCGUUGGCCAUUUCAGCAUUCUAUGCCAACUUUGAAAUCGUGCUCCUCUGCUUUGUAGUGGCUGGCUGCCAUUUCUCCUUGCUCAAGCCCGUGCAACUCGAUGCCGCGUCCUCUGCACCGGAGGCCAGCAGCCGCGGCGCGCCUUUCCACCGAAGUUUUUACUUUCUUACCUUUGGCGCCAUCUUACUCAUCCUCGACCGUGAGAUGCAGCAGAAGAACACGUACGAUUCUCCUGUCGUGUACGGUCUACCCUUGCGCUCGACCGCAGCAAUGCAAGUGUUCUUUUCGGGCAUUCGCUUUUUCAUUUUGGUGAUGCCACUGGCUUUUGCGAUUGGUUUCCUGGCCCACGUCCGAACACUCGCUCUCUAUCUCGCCGAGCAGGUGCAUAUCUUGAUAUUUGGCGGCACUGGAUGCAAGUCGCUGGCCUUGGCUGCCAUUGCGCUUGCCAAAGAUGCUGCAGCUGUAGCAGUCGUGUUUGCGCUUGGGCUCUCUUCGCUCACCACCAACCCAGUGUCAUUGUCCGAGCCGGACGUGUCACUCUCUGCAGCUGCCGGCGCAGCUGUAGCUCUUUCGUUCUUGAUCAGCAGUCGCGAGCUCGAGCUGAGUGAAUGGAAGGUGCUUCUUGACCAGCCGAGCGAUGCUCGAUCCAAGCUGCUGUACCAGUGCGCAUUGCACGGAUCAAUCUCUGGUGCAUUCUUUCUCAUUUUCUGGGUUUGUCACCUGACGACCGUCUUCACGUAUCAGACGACAAUGGAUAUUUUGACCGUUGCGUCGUUUGUCGUUGGGUUUGUGCUGCACUAUGUGCUGCCACAACUCCGAACCCGCUACCCGUUCUUGUGGUUUUUACGUCCCAUUCUCAAGAGUGCCGAAUUUGCCCAGUUUGAGGCUCAUGGGAGCGCAAAACUCAUGUGGUUUGAAAGGCUCUACCGCGCUGGCGUCGGCUUUGAACGCUUCUUCCUGUACCCUCUCCUGUACACCUGCAUGGCGAGCAUUGCUGCUUCGUCUCUGCGUCUGAAAUUUGGCGAUCUCGGCGCAAUGCUGGUGAUUGCAAUGUGCAUGUUCAAGCUUGUGCGGUCGGCGUUCACACACACCAAGUGGCACUUUGUCACGGUUGCGUUUGCGUAUCUCGUAUUCAAUUACGACUAUCGCGGCCACUCGGAAACGCGGCUUGUCGACACGUUUGUCAUUUCGGUGGUCGUCGUCAAGUUUUAUGAUCUUUUCAAACGCUUCCAGUUUGUCCUUGUGUAUUUCGUGCCAUGGACGAGGCAAUGGGGCUCUGCCACCCAUCUCCUUCUUUUCCCGCUUUCCCUUCCGCAUGCGGCAAUGGGGCUGAUCACGCUUGCCGUGUCGGCCCUGCUGCAAUCGCCUCUGCUGCCGUUCAUGGGGAGCUCUCUGUUCCUCGCCUCCUACGUUCGCCCUCUUAAAUUUUGGGAGCGCGAUUACGCGUCACAAUCCGGUGCCAACGAUGCGAGCUCGGCUGCAUCCAGGAUUGACGUUGGUGACGCCAACCAACUCGAUAGCGUGUUUUACGAGCAGCUAGCGCAGUCACUCAAGAGCACACUCUAUGAUGAUGUUUCUCGCGGUCGAUGGGGCGACUUGACAGUGGGCGAUAUUUUCCUGCUCUUUAACGAUAGCUUGACUGCCAUCGUUCACAUUGUUCAACUCGGCCACGGGUAUCUUACCUUUCAGCUUCGAGGUCUCGAGUUUAAAGGUACCUACUGCCAGCAACGCGAGCUGGAAGCAAUCAACCAAGACAUCUCGACGUCGGCACGCGGCAUGCUCUGCUUCAAGAAUGUUGGGCGGCCUCCGGGCUUGAUGGCGGUCAACUCUGCACUCGCGGCGCGUUGGAAUACCUGGGAGCUGAUCAAUUCCGAGUACUCGCUUCGUGCAUACAGCAUUUCUCUCAAUCCAGCUUCGGCCAUGUUCCAGAUGUUUGAGUACCGCAUCCUGCUCAUGCGCUUUAUGCAGCAAGCAAUCAUCUAUCUGGUGGUGCAAUCGCCAGAAGUGGUUGCGUGGCUCGACAACCCAUCGAUUCGCUCGACCAUGGACCAAAUGACCAACACCUACGUGGACAAGGAUCGGUACAUGCCAUCGCUAAGCCGGGAGAACGACGGCGCUGGCAUUUCGUUGGGCCUGUUCGCCUUAAAGUUUCGCGCUUGGACAUUACACUGUGCUGAGCGAAGCAGCACCUUCACAUCCGCUGGUAGCGAGACAACGGCUGGACGAAUGCUGGCCGAGCUCCGCAACAAACCGGAACUCUCGUCGGCAUCCAUUUUGUUGAUUCGGUUUUGUUUCCGCGUCAGCCUCUUCGCCCGACGCAUGCUGUACUCGCGCGAGCGCCGGCCAGGGGAGCGGCCUCUACCAUCGACUGGCGACCCCCUCAUUCGAGGCUUCCACAAGCUCUUCGACGGCCAAGCCGCGCCCUGGUACUACCACGACGUGUGGAUGCACGACGCGCCCUCCUUGCUGCCCACCGUCGUUACGCGCAGUGCUCGCAUCGCGCUCAAACUCCAUCAAGAUCACUUCGUAUACAUGGAAGAGUACACGGACAGUACGCUUCUCUACGACACCAUCACGGAAGAUUUGACCGACAUUGUGGUUUGCAGCGAGUACGACAAGGAGUGGCGCCAAGCAAUUGUGACGCACCAGACGCAGCUGUUGACGCUGCGUCGCACGUCGCAGGAAGGCUCGUCCAUGGCGGACGGAAGCAACGAUCUCUUUGUCCUUCGGCUCAACAUGCGGCACCUGAACUUUCGACUCAUCAAGUUGAACAAGGAGAGCGUGGUGGGCUUGUGGGCCGGCCAGCAACAAGAAAUUGUCUACUUGCGCAACCACAACAAGGAGCGUGGCUCCAUCCAGCAAAUGAAACCGCUCUUGCGUAACCUGAUCAACCAGUCUUGCGAUCUCCCCAUCGGUUACCCGAUCUUUGUUUCUUCUUUAAUCACCUCGGAGGGGUCGGGGAGUCGCAUGGCGUCGUGGAUGCAAGCUGGUGCACGCACUGUGCUUCGCUGGGCGUCCGACCUGGGUUUGUUUGUACGCCGGGCGACUGCGACUGUCGAGAGUGGUCGUUCAUCCAACAGUCGUGCAUCUCAUGUUGUUGAUGCCAGCCCCGGUAUUGUUCCAAGUGGUAGCGAGUUUGGCGACAUUGAGCUCGAAACCUUCUCUCCCGACGCGUCAACCUCGUCCGAGUUGCCAAUCAUUCCCACACCCUCGAGCGACGUGGUUGCUGCGACCGCAGCAGCAAAACUCAAUGUGCAUAGCGAGUCCAACUCUAGCACUGCGGCCACGAGUGGCCAACAUGGUGCUGCGGACGAGCCGCAAGAAUCGAGCGUGUAG